AUGCGAACUUUGGUUGUGCAGACGGCAACCGUCUUCCCACCUAGCUACUUGCCGGCGAUGGUGCUGGAUGAAGCAGCGGCCCUUUUCCCUUUCACGCUGAUCGACUUUGUCGCGCCCGGCCCUGGAUCUCUGAGCGUGGAGCAGCAACUGGCGUCAUUAGGCCCGCCCCUCCAUUGCGCCGAGAGUUUUUGGCUGAACAGUGCUCAACGGUCUGGCCCGUUGAAGUACUGCCGAGUCACUCCAGGAGAAUCUGAAGUGGUGGGGUCGGGAACGCUCCCGUGGGCCCUCCUUGACCCCCACGUUGGAGGGGAUGCCGUUUUCUACCAGGGCCGCCGUGCUUCACAUGGGAUUUCAGGGGCGCUCUACCUCGCCCGCGGCAAGUCGAUCCUGCUGCCGACCGGCUUCUUUGCGUACUCCUCCGACGCGGCGGAUGAGAACAACGCGGCCUGCCGGGCUCUGGACGAGGGCCCGCACCUGCCGUGGAGAUCGAUCGUAACCAGGUCGGCGGCGCAGGAUAUCUGCCAAGAAUUUCCGUAUGGCACGCUGGAAGGAUGCUCCGCGAUUGAUAUGGCCAAGGCUAGGGCUGCGGAGCCUCAGCUCGCCUCAGCAGGGCGGUGGCUUCGGGGCGUGGAGGGUCCUGGCUUCUCGGCCCCUUCGUCCGCUCCGGGAGAGAAAAACUCCGGACAUCUCACAAUCCCAGAUGGAAAAACUCCUAAGCUCCUUCUUGCUUUCGGUCUUUCCGGUCCUGAAUUCCAGCGCGAAAAUGUGACCAAAAAAGGAAAGAGCGCUCGAUCCAGUUCCGGCGGUACCUUCCGAGAUCUCCGGCGAAAUCUGUAUGCACAGGCGGGAGAGAAGCCCCACCCCGGUCGCUGCAGUGUACUCUCGGCGCGAUCUUGCGGAAGUCGAUUUGCACCAUACGGCGAAGAGACCGAAGAGAAUCCGAGAAUUGGCACAUUCACAUUCACAACAACAUUACGAAGGGCAUACCUUGGCUUUGCGGAACGCAACACAGCACGGCCUUUAUCUUCAAAGUCGCCAUUCUCGACCGGCAUGUCAUCGAUAACCUCCCCUGCGUCAAGCUGGCGCAAGAUGCAGAUCCCCCGGCCGCUGCAGCAGCUCUUCGAUCACUUUCCCUUGCAGACCUACGAACCCAACCAUCUCCCCGAAAGGUCGCAACACCUUACUUCGAGUGACCUCCCAACACUAUACAUCUUCUCCACCGACGCAGACGCUCGGCUAGGCCUUCCCAGCUUCAACCCGGGCUGUCUAAAGUGGCAGACCCUCCUGCGGCUCGCUAAACUCGACUUCCGCACCCUCCCGUCCACAAACCACGCCUCCCCUACCGGGUCCCUACCCUUCCUCCUCCCGCCGCGCACCUCACCCACCACCGCCCCGCUCCCCAUCCCCGCCAGCAACCUCCUCGCCUACGCCCAGCGAUCCCAACCCGGCACCGGCGACUUAGACCCCGACCUGCCCCCGCGCUCCCAAGCCUACCUCUCUCUCAUCAACCUCUCCCUGCGCAGCGCCUGGCUCUACGCGCUGUACCUCGACCCAUCCCACGCCGCCCUGCUGCGGCAGCUGUACAUCCGCCCGGCGUCGUCCUCGCGUGGGGUGCAGGCCGCGCUGCUCUACCAGCUGCGCCGCGCCGCCGCCGAGCAGAUUGCCACCACCAGCGCCGGCGGCGGCAAGAUCGUCUCGCUCGCGCCGGUGGCCAGCGUCGAGGGGAUCGACGAGGAGGCCGUGUACCGCUCGGCGAGGGAGGCGCUGGAGGCGCUGGCGAGUUUGUUGAGCCAGAGUGAGACGGGGUGGUUUUUUGGGCGGGAGAGACCCGGUGUGUUUGAUGCGGCCUUGUUUAGUUAUACGCAUUUGAUGAUGGAGUAUAUGCCGGAAGAGGGCGGCUCGGCUGGGGAAGGAACGGGGGUGGCGUUGGGGAGGAUGGUGUUGGGUGCUGGGGAUGGGGAGUUGGCGAGGCAUAGGGAGAGGAUGCUGCAGACUGCUUGGCCGGGGUGGGAUGGCUACCGGAAGUAA